GUUCAAAACUCCGCAGCCUUGCUCAUGGACACCAGCAGGACGUUAGAAUGACGCAUGGCUGGACACGCACUCCCCUGGGCUGACGCAGUCUAUGCCUUUCCCAGUCGCUGGAACCGGGCCAACUGCGAUCCGCCAUCAAGGGGCUAUGGCGACGACGCCGCGUCAGCAAUAUGUAGGUGACAAUUGUGGAUCUGGUGGUGCGGCCGACGCAGGCGCGGCGGGAGAUUCGGCGCAGCCCCGCCACGCAGGUGCUGACGUCAAACACAUGGCGGUGACACCACGGGGGAUGGGAGGGGAGGGGUGCAGGGGGGAGGAGGCGUCCAAGGCAUUGGAGCAGGCGCGUGCGGAGAAGAAAAAAGCGGCGGAAGGUGAUGAACCUCUCCCGAAUAGGGUACGGAAGGGCAGAGUGGCGAAAUAUCUCGCGAAUGGGGCGAAACUGUGGGUGGACGACAAGUCUUUCUCGACGUUGGGGGAGGGCCGCAUACUAUACAACAUCGUGAACGACACGAGCGAGCACCUCGUGGCCAUCGCGAGUGGACUUUCUUUCUCGAAAGUACCCAGAAGCGUCGCCAUGCCUAGAUCAAACGUGACGCAGAUGAGGCUUACGGAUGCAAGGCCGCUGCAGGGAGCACUGAGUCGCGCAUCGAAAUGCCAGAACGUGGCGAUGCGGGUUUUGCAUGGAUGGAUCUCCAAGUCAGAAUGCAGAGAAAGGGGAUACACUCCCACGUUUCAGUACGUUCUGGAAUUAGUGGCGACUGACAUCGCACGUGAAAUGUGGCAUGGUGCAGGCACUCAAGACAGGCCGAGGGACUACGAAAUGGCGGCUUACCAGGAGGCGACUCUCAUGCGACAGGACGCGGCUUUCAACACGGCGGUUGAAACAGGGCAAUCAAUCAACGACGGAUGCAUCACUCACGAACGUCUGUGGCGUGUGGUGGGGAGCUUCAAGGUCAAGUUGGCAGCGUCCAUGUGGAUCAUGGGAAUGUCGGGAGAUGAUUUGAGGUCCCACUACGAAACUUUUUAUUUCGCCAACCUCAUCGCGAAGCCCAUGUUAGUUGCGUCCAUGCACCUCGCCUUCGACCAUCCACGUCAUAUCUUGACCGCGGCGAACUCCGUGACCAAACGACUAGCACGACGACACGAUGAUGAUGAUGAUGAUGAUGAUGAUGAUGAUAAUGAUGAUGAUGAUGAUGAUGAUGAUGAUGAUGAUGAUGAUGAUGAUGAUGACGAUGACGACGAUGACGACGACGACCAUGACGACGACGAUGAUGAUGAUGACGAUGAUGACGAUGAUGACGAUGAUGACGAUGAUGAUGAUGAUGAUGAUGAUGAUGAUGAUGAUGAUGAUGAUGAUGAUGAUGAUGAUGAUGAUGAUGAUGAUGAUGAUGAUGACGAUGAUGAUGAUCAUAGCGAUGACGAUGGUGAAGCUAACCGUCAUGAUUAUGACGAUGAUGAUGACGAUGACGAGGCAGAAUGCAGUCGAAUUUCUGCAGCGACGGCACAGGUUUUUUCUGCGGUGGUACUGAAGUGCUGCCGAACUUUUGCGGCGGCGGUGCAGGUUUUUACGGCGGUGGUGCAGAAGCGCCGCCGGAUUUUUACGGCAGCAACUCCGGUUUUAACGGCGGUAGUGCGGAAGCGCUACCGGAUUUUUGCGGCGCGACUCUGGUUUUACGGCGGCGGUGCGGAAGCGCUGCCGGAUUUUUGCGGCAGCAACUCCGAUAUUAACGGCGGCAGUGCGGAAGCACUGCCGGAUUUUUGUGGCCGCGGUUCUGUUUUUUUUUACGGUGGUGCGGAAGCACCGCCGGAUUUUCCUGCGAUAGUACCGGAAUUUUGCAGCGACGACACUAAUUUCACGAUGUGCAGUCGAAUUUCUGCAGCGACGGCACAGGUUUUUUCUGCGGUGGUACUGAAGUGCUGCCGAACUUUUGCGGCGGCGGUGCAGGUUUUUACGGCGGUGGUGCAGAAGCGCCGCCGGAUUUUUACGGCAGCAACUCCGGUUUUAACGGCGGUAGUGCGGAAGCGCUACCGGAUUUUUGCGGCGCGACUCUGGUUUUACGGCGGCGGUGCGGAAGCGCUGCCGGAUUUUUGCGGCAGCAACUCCGAUAUUAACGGCGGCAGUGCGGAAGCACUGCCGGAUUUUUUGGAUAAACCCCGAUUGAAGGAUGACGACGACUAUUGCUCCGGACGGAACAACCGGUUCUCGAUCGUUGCGCAACUGGUGGUCGAUUCGGAGCUCAAGAUCCUUGAUUUCUGCUACAGGUUUCUGGGGACUGUUGGGGAUGCACGUGUUUUGAAAAGCACGUCAUUGUACAGGUACCUUGAAGACGAAGCUGGAGCAACGGCGCUCCAGGAGGGCGAGGGGGGACGAAGGAGAGGAAAGAGCACUAAGAAGGCAACUAGCACAGCGAUGGCAGCGUCCGCAAAAACGAUGGCGGCCUUCCUCUCGGCGGCUAUCAUCGUGCUUCUGGGUGUUACGGCAAGAGCAGAGCCUCCGCCGGAAUCCGCCAUCGACUCGUUCACCUACAUGGGCUCCGGAUGUCCAGCCAAUACCGCCGUGGGGGAGAUCAGCAAGGACGGGCAAGUACUUACCAUGAAGUUCAGCGAGUUCAGCGCAACGACCGACGCAGGCAACGCGGGCAAACGGAAGAACUGCCAGAUCAGCCUCAAGAUGAGGUAUCCUGAUGGCUGGACUUACUCGCUGGAGACUGUCACGCUCCGCGGGUACACGAGACUUGACGACAAGGUGAAGGCGGUCCACAGGGUAAGUUAUUACUUCAUGGGAGAGGGCGGGCAAGGCAGGUUCACCAAAGAGACGGUGGGCGUGUACGAUGACAACUACGAGCACUCAGGUCCGUUCUCUCCACUUAUCUCGAGCGUGUGCGGCCUGAACCGAAAUCUCAACGUCAAUAUGGAGGUGAGAGUCGACAACGGAGCUAACCCAGCCGGGCAAGGAUUCAUCGACGUAGACACGGUAGACACCACCGUCACUUUCAGCGUCAAGUGGUCCAUGUGUCCCUGAAAUGAGGCACGCUGACGGGAUCCGUAGCAAGGAGUCUGACGGGAUCCCUUUCAUAGCGACGGUUUCUGCUCUGCUGCUCUGAGGGCACACUCUCACUACGAUUUUCCAGAAUGCAUCUGAGUGCAAUUAGGGCGCGAUGUGGAUGAAUCUGACUGUAAUCACGUCCGGAGCUUUGUCGAAAUAGUCCUAGUGUGAAUAUGCUCCGAGCUCCCUACUAAAAGCUCCGUCCAGGGCUGCUGUUUUGCCACUGCAGCAGUAGAACUAGUAGGGAAUGCACGAGUGUUCGUUAUUAGAGCGAUCGGAUGGCAAUUCACUU